AUGUCGAAUCCAUCUGAUAGGCCAUGGACCGAAGAGGACAAGUACGCUCUGCUCACGGAGAUUCUCAAGAAAGCCGGAAUUCCAUCCGGCUGUCUGGUCCGCUUGAUUAGAGAGUAUGGAAUCAAUCCAAGCUGGGAGCAUAUCCCCCUGCCUCAAGCAUAUCUGACCCCCGCACAAGGCCGUUCACUCAGCUCGUGCAAAAACGCCUUUCUCAAUAUGAUCCAGCAGCCCGCGCAUCCACCACAUCCGACGCCGUUCCCCCGCGACACCGGUCCGACAGACAUGCGCAAACGGCCACUGUUCCCCUCCGACAAGCCAGUACCAAGAGCAAUCCAGCCGCGGCCACCAGGACCCCCAGCCAGCACCGUCUCUUAUGGCAGCGAAAGUGGUUCAUCCGCCCAACUCUCCCCGAGACUAGACACCGGCGAACCGCGCCGCAAACGAGGCCGACCCAGCAAAGCAGAGACCGAACGACGCAAACUAUUAGCCGAAUCCCGCGGGGAGCCCUACCCAGCACCACGACGACCAGCCCGAAAGGCCCCUUCACCAACCAGUCCCGCCCCAACUUCGUUUCCGACAAGUUUUCAAAGACCGCAACUCCAACUCCAGCCCCAACCACAGCCCCAAUCACAGGCCCAGGCCCAAGCGCACGCUCAAGCCCAGGUCCAGACCCAUGCCCAGCACCAACCUCAGCCUCAACCUCAGUCUCAAUCCCAGCCAAUCUAUGAAAUGCGCCCCGUGGAAGGCCGCGAUAUCCAACGCAAUAUGAUGCGCGAACUCCCUCGACCCACGGAAAUGGGUCACCCACUUCCAUCGCCUCAUGCGCUGCAACUCGGUCCUCCAGAUGCAUUUCCAAGGCCUAAUCCAGAGCGUGGGUAUGAGUUCUUCCAACGCUCGGAUGGACGUCGAGAUUCGGCUGGUCGACCAGAACAUGAAGCGGAGAAACCGCGAUGA